UUGCGGACCGCCAUUUCCAGAGGUCCACAAAAGCUCUCAAUCUCAAUUUCUGAUCUCAAGACCUAAUCCUCUUAUCGUCACUGCUUCCCUUUGCUUUCUUUCAUUCUCUGUAAAACCCUAGACCCCCCCCGUCAAAGCUUCCUCUACUCUUCCAUGGCAAGGAAGCGAAAGCUCGACUCCUCCAAAUCCUCCGAGCCUCCUAAGAAGCUCCAACAGCAAGAAGCUCAAGCCGUCCUCGACGAGUCCAAGCCCCAGAAUGAACCCCUCAAGGAAGUCGUUGCUGAGGAUCUUUCGAAUUACGAGGUGGUCGAGGAAGAAGACGAUGCCGGUCAAGACGAUGCCGAUCAAGACGAUGAUAACGAGGGGGAGGAGGAGGAGGAGGAGGAGGAGGAGGAGGAGGAGGAUGACGACGACGACGACGACGACGAGGAUGAUGAAGGCGAUGCGAAUGUCAAUAACCACCAUCAAGACCCCAAUAUUUCCUCCUCCUCCGCCGCUGCUGCAACUACUUCUGACGACGACGAAGACGAGCCAAUUCACAAUCUCUUGGAUCCUUUCGGCAAGGACCAGCUUAUAAAUCUGCUUUGCGAAGCGUCGGAGAAGCAUGCGGAUGUGGCUGAAAGGAUUCGAACGGUUGCUGAUGCGGACCCGACCCACCGCAAGAUUUUUGUUCACGGGCUAGGAUGGGAUACAAAUGCCGAAACUUUGGUCAGUGUGUUUAAGGAAUAUGGUGAGAUUGAGGACUGCAAAGCUGUGUGUGAUAAGGUCUCUGGUAAGUCCAAGGGUUACGGUUUCAUCCUCUUCAAGAAGCGCAGUGGGGCUCGGAAAGCUCUCAAGGAACCCCAGAAGAAGAUUGGCAAUAGGAUGACUGCCUGUCAGUUGGCUUCGGUCGGGCCUGUUCCAACGUCUAGUGCGGUGGCAGCCCCCCAAGGACCACCUGCUUCCGAAUAUACGCAGAGGAAGAUUUAUGUGAGCAAUGUCGGAGCUGAUGUUGACCCCCAGAAGUUGCUCACUUUCUUUUCCCAGUUCGGUGAAGUUGAUGAAGGACCAUUGGGGCUUGACAAGACGACGGGCAAGCCUAAAGGUUUCUGUCUAUUUGUGUACAAGACGAUAGAAAGUGCGAGAAAGGCAUUGUUGGAGCCCCACAAAAAUUUUGAGGGUCAUGUCUUGCAUUGUCAGAAGGCGAUCGACGGUCCCAAGCCAGGGAAGUCUCAGCACCAGCAUCAUACACAAAAUGCGCCGUUUCAGAGGAAUAAGAAUCCUAAUUAUGCAAGUGGGGCGACAUCUGGAUCGGGACACUUGAUGGCACCUGCAGGGCCUGGUGUUGGUUAUAACCAUGGACCUCCACAAGCAUUGAACCCGGCUCUUGGCCAGGCCCUUACUGCUUUGCUGGCGGGUCAGGGUGCUGGGUUGGGACUGACUAAUUUGUUAGGGACAAUCGGAUCUACUUCAGGGCUUAAUCCAGCCAUACAAGGCGCUGGACCUGGAGUACAAAGUGGGUAUGGGAGUCAAGCAAAUAUAAGCCCUGGAGUGAUGGGAUAUGGAAGUCAAAGUGGUGUGCAGGGUGGAUAUCCAACCCAACAUAUGGGACAGGGUGGAACUGGAAGAGGAGGGCAGCAUGGGGUUGGGCAGUAUGGUGGUCCUGGCGGUUAUAUGGGGCAUUAGUGCCUCGAUGCGAUAUUAGCUAUUGUUAUAGAAGGAUAUGACCUUAGAUUGAACAAAAAAUGGCAUUUGUGGAGUAAAAGAUUGGUUGGUUGAAAUACUUCUGUUGGUGACAGGACUAUUAGAUUGUAACAAUAAGACAUCCCUUUUCUUAUGUUGUAGGCUGAUUUCACUAACUAAUAUUGCUGUCUGAUUCCAUUUAAGAAUGGUAAUGGCUGUGGGAUUUUCAUGAUGUACUCAUUGAACUUGUUUUAACUAUGUAUUUCUGUUUGUGCUUAUUUUAGGUUCCCUGUGUUUAAAUUAAGUUUUGUAGUUUUUGUGUUGCGUAUAGUUCUUGGAAUUAGUCAGAAUAGUAAGAUGCAAGUUCCAACAUCUAAGCUUGACUCAUGAUUUUUCUGACUUUUUGAUGUUAGUAUCCUAGGAUGAUGUAAUUGAUCUGUUACUUUCUUAUGUUGAAGGUUUUCUAGAGUUUGGCAAUUUUAUAUCUAAACAUUAUUUAACUACAAUCCAUUUUUUAGCUGUUUAGCACUCUUUUUGAAACCAUCCAUGGGAGUGCAAUAGAAUGCUUUAAAUUCUGUUUUAAGAUUUUGGAGAGAAGCUCUUGCUUCUUUCAAUUCAAAGCUUCAAUAUAAAAGUUAUUUGCUUUCUUCCUCCUUUUACCUUUCUUCUUCUUCCUUGUUUUAUUCCUCCAUUUUCUUUAGAAGCUAAUAUUUUUCCACUUUAGCAUGCUAUAAACCAAUUUAGGUCUCAUGUUUAGUACUUUACCUGUUUUCUUGGGAUAAGGAUGUGGGAAGUGAUCUUGAUUUGUGACAGUUUUCUACUCACUUUUUGUAGCCCAAUGAUGGUUUUCCCCAUCUUCAUAUCAUAACUAAAAGUAUUUAUCGGAAGGCAAAACAUCUUUCUUCUCCACAUGAUAUCCUGAAUUUAAAUAGCCCUAUUGAACAAUUUGAAAAGGAUGUUUCUGAAAAUUUUUGUUUUCUGAAAUUAUACUUUCAUGCUAUGUUAUUCGUUGUGCAGAUCUCACUCAUAUGUGCGACAGUAUUUUUGUACUGAUCAGGUGAUUCUCUGAAGUUUAAGGAGCUGAUGCAAAUGACGUUUUCGACCCUCUUCAUUUAAGCUUUGUUUUAAAUCUGUAGUUUUUGAUCUAUUGAAGAUUUGUCUCAAAGAUUUGGAUCAGUUUUAGUACUUUUGAGUAAAACUAUGUAACCUCCUCUAGCUCAAUGGUUGACCAAAAAUAUUUCAAACUCUUUCGCCCCUAUGGUUUUAAUAGAUCUUGCACUUGACAGUGAGGUUAUGGUUUA